AUGGCGGGGGAGGGGCGGCGAACAGGAAGCGGGAAAACGGGGGCGGAACCGGGGAUGGAACUCACCACGAGCCAGCGAAUAGCGACAGGCUGCAGAGGCAAGGGAAUGGCGGAGCAUUCCGGGGCACUUAGGACGAAAAGCACGGUUCUCGGUGUUGACGGCAUAAAUACGGAAAUGCAUCUCGCUGGAAUGCUCAAGGAAAGGCCUUGA